AUGAAUAUGAACAAUCGAAAAUCACCUGUGAAACAACAGCGUAUAAAACAUUCACAUUCAAUACCAGUUGCAAACUCAAAUAAUGGUCGUAUGAGAUCAAAUAGUAGUAUGGCAUCAUCUUAUCCGAGAAUGUAUAACAAUAAUAAUAAUCAUUAUUAUCAUAAUUAUUAUUCAAAUACAACUUCACCAACAGCUAUGUCAGCUAGUUCAUUACCGGCUGUACCUUUAUUUUAUUCAAAUAUAUACGCUGAUCCACCGGAAUGUUCAUCAUUACCAAAACCACCCGAAUCUUGGUUAUUACCAUUGUCAAAUGUUGAUAAUUCACCGGUCGAAACUGAAGAAGAAAAAGAAGAGAUAACUACACCAGUAAAACAAAAAUCUUUUGUAUCAACUGUACAACAAUCGAAACAAAAUUAUUCACGAACAUGUUAUUACACAAACAAUAAUCAAGGUUUUUAUAGUCCAUAUUAUUCAUCAACAACAACAUCAUAUCAAAAAUUUCCAACACAAUAUAUCUCUGUUAAAGCUUAG